GCUGGUGGGCAGCCUUCCCUGCCAACAACUGCCCAGUCGCUGCCACUUUGUUUCUGGCAACGCGGCGGCAGCGGCGGGUCACUGAGGUUUUUGGUGAUGUGCACUGGCUCAUGUGGAGGGCGCUAACGAUUUUUAAAACUUUUUGGUGACCGCGUCAGGGCUGCAUGACCCGAGGAGAUUUGAGUCACCACCGGCAGUCUGUCCAUGCCGCUGCAAGGUAAAUGGAAACGACGCAGAACUCUGGUUUAUAUAAUGUCCCGGCCGAGGGGAAUACUUUAAUGUGACAGAACUGGACAACAGAUGAGACUAGGACGCUCAACAGCGGAUGCACAAGUCCUCUUUCUCUUUAUUUAUCUUUUUGCAAACAUGUGACUUUUUACUGCUUUGUGCCUUUUUUCUGCUCAAGUUUCCUGCUUGUUAUUGUUUUUUAUUUUUCUCCAGUUCUGAGGUACUGUAAUUUUUUUCUAAGUUACUUUUUCUUUGGGUUUUUGGUUCUUUUAUACAAAAUGGUCUCUUCUCGAAUGUGCUUAUUUAAUCUGAAAUGUCUUUGCUGUUCUUCCCGUUACUGAAUAUCUAUUCGAUGCAUGUAAUGGAUUCAUCAAUCAAUGAAUUUCAAUCCGUUUCAGCAGAUUUUCUUCUUUAAUUAUUUCCGUCUCUUUCUGUCAGUCACAAUGGCAGAGUGAAGAUGGGGGACUGGAACUUCCUUGGGGGCAUUUUGGAGGAGGUGCACAUCCACUCCACCAUGGUCGGAAAGAUCUGGCUCACCAUCCUCUUCAUCUUUCGCAUGCUGGUCCUCGGGGUGGCCGCGGAGGACGUGUGGAACGACGAGCAGGCCGACUUCAUAUGCAACACCGAGCAGCCCGGGUGCAGGAACGUGUGCUACGACCUCGCUUUCCCAAUCUCCCUCAUCCGCUACUGGGUGCUGCAGGUCAUCUUUGUGUCGGCCCCCUCGCUGGUGUACAUGGGCCACGCGCUCUACAGGCUCCGGGCGCUGGAGAAGGCCCGACAGAAGAAGAAGGUGCUGCUGCGGAGGGAGCUGGAGCUGGUGGAUGUGGAGCUGGCAGAGGCCAGGAAGAGGAUCGAGCGGGAGAUGAAGCAGCUCGAUCAGGGGAAGCUCAACAAAGCUCCCCUCAGUGGCUCCCUGCUGCGCACGUACGUGGCUCACGUGGUCACUCGCUCUGUGGUUGAAGUGGCCUUCAUGACGGGCCAGUACCUCCUGUACGGCUUCCACCUCUACCCGCUCUUUAAAUGUGAGAGGGAUCCUUGUCCCAACGCUGUGGACUGUUACGUUUCCAGGCCUACAGAGAAAAGUGUCUUCAUGGUGUUCAUGCAGUGCAUCGCUGGCAUCUCCCUCUUCCUCAACAUCCUGGAGAUCGUGCACCUGGGCUACAAGAAGGUUAAAAAGGCCGUCCUGGACUUCUACCCUCACUUGAGAGACAACAGAGAGGAGAUCGAUGACUACUAUGUCAACAGGUAUAAAAAGGAAUCCGUUGUGCAGAUGGGCCCCGGUGCCGGCCGCAAGGCAACGCUCGCCUCUGCACCCAGUGACUACAACCUCCUGAUGGAGAGGAUGCAGGGCACCAGCAUGUACCCGAACCUCAUCAAACCUUCAACUUUUCUACCUCUUCAGGGCGAUAAGGCCGCUCAGCAGAACUCUGAUGAUUACAGAUGUUCUGCUCAAAGCCCCCCAGGGCACAUCUGUACCUCGACUACCAAUGAGUCGUGCUCUCCGUGCGGCGACUCCCUGAUUAACCCAACACAGGGGGGUAAGGACUAUUCACAUCUGCCCCCGCAAGGCGAGGAGGAGAGCAGUGAGGGGGGAGGCCCAGACUCCCCGAAGUGCCCACAGACGGCAGCUCUCGCCGCCUCCUUGCCAACGCUGCCCGUCGGCGCGUCGAAGAAGCCGUGGAAGGCUCGCGGCUCGUUCAAGUGCUUCACCGUGCUGGAGGGUAAAGGCUCUGACACCGAUUCAUACGGGGGCGUCAAAGCCGGCAGCAGACAUCCCUCCACAAAAUCGGAGGAGAAACAUCCGAGCCGGGCCUCCACCCCAGAGUCACUGGAAGACUCCAGCUCAGGAUCGAGCCACAACCAGAGAUCGAUGGCAAGUAACACAAGCAGCAAGCGAGCUCCUGAUCUGCAAAUCUGAACGACUUCAUGUAACUGAGGUUUGCUUGUUUCCACCAUUGUCACAGAUCAGUGUUAUAUUUAGACUUUGUCUGUGGAAUCAAUGGAUUUCACAGAGCUGUGAACAGCUGUAGAACAGGGGAAGGUCCGGUUACAUCUGCUUUUUGUUCUGUGCUUUUUGUGCUGAAGUUAGAACAAUUCAAUCCAUUGUUUUAAAAACUAAUGCAUUCAUUUAUUUUUGAGGGACUUUAUUCAUGUUUUCUAUAUUUUUUCCAACUAAUUUUGGAAUAAACCAGUUUUUGAUUGUCACUGACCUUCAUGUAUUGGUACCAAAUUAGCAGGAAAAAUAGAUGUGAUCAUAAAUGUUGUUUGUCUCACAUAUGAUUAGAUACAGUAGGUCGGCACUGGGCCAAAUAUAAACGAGUUAUCAUACAUUUCUUCAUGGUAGUCUGACAUAUAAACCUUGCAUGAUUCAUCUAAACUUUUAUUCUCUACCGUUGACCUCAAAACGCAAUGUACUUAUGGAGAACUGCGACACUGAAAAGUCACAUUAUUGCUGCAGUGGCAUGGAAAACAACUUCUAACCCUGAAUAGGCCUUUGGAAGCUGUCUGUCCAAUAAAUGUGCACAUCUGUACCAUGAAGUCCAACUAAAGAAUAGAAUAAACAGAUAUUUUGGAGUAAAUAUGAUUUUCGUCUGAACUGUUAUUGAAUCUAAUUUCAUCUCGAGUUAUGUUCGGACGAUA